AUGUCUGCUAUGAAGCAUUUCACAUUGAAUCCAGCUCAUAGAGAAGGACUUCUCCGAGAGGGCAUCCAGACGAAAGAGCCCGCGAGCCUUCCUCUCGGCAAACAACACUUGCAUCCCCGCGGCAUAUGUGCCGAAGAUGAAGAUGCGAGUAUAUCAUUUGUUGGCACUGCGACGACAAUCCUCGAAUGGCAGGGAAUCCGCAUCCUAACAGAUCCGAACUUUCUCCAUGCUGGGGACCACGUGCAUCUCGGGCCUGGCGUCACAGCUGAACGCAAGACCAACCCGGCGAUCGACCUCGAAGAACUUCCACCGCUGGACGCGAUCCUUCUCUCACACUAUCACGAGGAUCACUUCGACCGCCAUGUGGAAGACUCGCUGAAUCGCAGUUUCCCUAUCAUCACAACGCCGCAUGCUAAAGCUUGUCUAACAUCUUCGGAAAAACCUGAACCGUUCAAAAAGGUGGUUGAUCUCGACUUCUUCCAGGAUCUUCGGCUUGAAAUUGCUCGCUCUCCAUCAGAAUCACAGGACAAGCACGCAGCUAUCAAAGUCACUGGCAUGCCGGGCAAACAUGUCCCGCCCGGCCCUUUAUCGGCUGCCAACGAUGUCUUGAAAGCUGUACCUCCGACAAAUGGCUGGAUGUUGGAAUUGGGGUAUUGUCCCAGUAUUGGCCCACCCGCCAACUCUGCGGCACUCGAGACUGGCUACCGCAUAUACAUAUCUGGCGAUACGUUGAUGGUCGAUGAACUCAAGAAAAUCCCCGAGUGGCUCAAUGAUGAGCGUGUCGACUUGAUGCUGGUUCAUCUCGGGGGGACCACAAUCCCAGGCCCUUCAGCUCCUUUGUUGAUGGUUACGAUGGAUGCCAAGCAGGGUAUGCAGCUUAUUAAGCUGGUCAAUCCUGAUGUCACGAUACCCAUUCAUUACGAUGACUACGAUGUGUUCUUGUCGCCGUUGGAAGACUUCAAAAAGGAGGUUGAUGCAGAGGGCAAGAAUGAUAGAGUUGUGUACUUGGAUCGCGGGGAGCAUUACCGUUUCAAAGUCAGAAACAACACAUUAACAGGAUGA